CUCUGUCCCCAUUCUGUAGUCCCUCUGCAUGGCGCCUGCCCCUGAAUGCUAGCUAACAGGCCGCCCCAGACAUCCUGUCCUUCAUGUUGCCCUUUCUGCAGUAAUGGUGCCAUCCGCCCCACCCCCCUCUCCCAGUGAUGGACCAGGUUAUGUGGUCCUGCGCUGUUGUAGUUUCAACUCCUUGACUUCCGUCCUCCAAGUCUCAGUUUCCACUUUUAUGGCCCUCCCCCCCCCCCCACACACAGUAAUAAGCUAACUUGAACUAUACCUUCUCCCCACUCCUCAAAUUGACGAGUCCAUCUGUGGCAAGCCCUGAUUCUGUACCCAUUCUCGGAAUCUCCUCCCUACCAGAGCAGGCCCAGUUUCGGCCCCAUGACCCAGUCUCCCAGUCUUGGCGCUGGAGCCAUACUCCAGGUCUCCUCUCCCCGGGUCUUCGUGCCCCUCCUUCCUUUGGAGUCAUGGGAUGGCUAGCGGCCCGGAGCUCCCCCUGCACUUUGCCUCAUUGCUGUGGCGGAGCCACCCAAAGCCCCCUCUCUUUUCCCACUUUCGUGGUAACCAGCUGCCCGGCCCAUGACCCUGUGUCUGUAGUGAUGGACCCAUCUGUGACCCUGUGGCAGUUCCUGCUCCAACUGUUGAAGGAGCAGAGUAACGGGCACCUCAUAGCCUGGACAUCCAGCGACGGGGAAUUCAAGCUGGUCGAUGCUGAAGAGGUGGCCCGGCUCUGGGGGCUUCGAAAGAACAAGACCAACAUGAACUACGACAAGCUGAGCAGGGCUCUGCGAUACUACUAUGACAAGAAUAUCAUCCGUAAGGUGAGUGGGCAGAAGUUCGUCUACAAAUUCGUGUCCUUCCCGGAGGGGCCAGGCCACGAUGGGGAGGAGGGCCAGGUCCGGGCAGAGGUGCCUCCAGAGCCCCUCCGGCCGAUGAAGGCCUCUCUAGGGGGCGUUGGGUCUUCUGCCCCUACCCCUGUGCGCAGCAGCCGGAAUGAGUAUAUGCGUUCUGGGCUCUACUCCACCUUCACCAUCCAGUCCCUGCAGCAGCUAACCCCGGUACGCCCUGCCCGGCCUAUCCCCGAGACCCUUAGCCCAGCCAGCCUCGAGGCCCCAGAGGCCCGACUUCCGCUGCAGGUCAUCUUGAUGGCCCCAGCCGAAGGUCUGGCAGAGGCCGGGGAGGCCGAGGCUUCGGCCGCAACCGCAUCCCGACUGCUUUCGCCCGAGCUUUCCAAGGGGGAGCAGCCUCCGGAAGAGGGGGCUGCAGUUGCCCUGGAGACCAGCACGGGGAGCGCCGAGGCUUCGGGCCCCGCCCCCGUCUCCGCCGCCCGCCCCGCCCCCAACUCCAGGGCCCGCAAACCCCGAGAUCUAGAGCUCCCUCUAGGGCCGAGCCCCGAGGUGGCUUCAGCUUCGGGCCUGGGCCCGGCCCUCACGCCCUCCCUUCUCACCUCCCACACGCUGACCCCGGUGCUUCUGACGCCCAGUGCGCUGCCCCCCAGCAUCCACUUCUGGAGCACUCUGAGCCCCAUCGCGCCCCGCAGCCCUGCCCGCCUCUCCUUCCAGUUUCCGACCAGCGGCGGCGGCGGCGGCGGCGGCGGCGGCGGCGGCGGCGGCUCGUCCCAGGCUCCCGCCUCUCUCCCCUCACUCAGCAUGGACGGCCUCUCCACCCCCGUGGUCCUCUCCCCGGGCCCGCAGAAGCCGUGACUCUUUCUUUCCCAGGGACUUCCGAGACUGCUGCCUUUCCCGGGAGGAUUGCUGGUUCCUGGAGGGGGGCGGGGGGGCUGGGGGCGCGACCUGGAUUAAGCACUGCUGUGCCCCGGGCACUGUGCUAAGCCCUUUUACCAAUAUGAUCCUCCCAACAACCCUGAGAGGUAGGU